GGAAAUUCGCGGAGCGUUCAACGGUAGUGGUCAAGUGUGCGAGGGAUGUGUUGGCGGGAUGCAGGAAGGUCUGGGUGAACCGGCGGGAAUGGGUGAUACACUACUGGCCCAGUGGUAUAAUGAUACUCUGGCGCAGUGGCUCCUGGCGACAGCGGCCAUGGAAGCCGUGGCCUCCACGCCGCUCAGCUAUCGCGUCAUCGCCACCAGCAUGCAUGUGGUCAUCUUCUGUCUGGGCGUUACCGGAAACGUCAUGCUCAUCAUCGUCGUGCACAAGUCCAAGUUCUUGCGAAGCCCGACGUAUCGAUACUUGUUCUGCUGUUUCCUGUCCAUCGCGGAUCUACUCGUAAUUAUCACGGCAAUCCCUGAGGCUAUCGUCUUUGAUCAAAUGGGGAGUCAGUGGCUGCUGGGGAGCACGGCAUGCGCCCUCUUCGUCUUUCUGAAUUUUCUCGGCAUCAAUGCCGGAAGUCUUAGUACGCUCGCAUUUACCGUGGAGCGUUACAUCGGCGUCUGUCACCCCCUCCUUGCCCGCAAACUCUGCACACUGAACCGGACAAAGCGGAUUAUCGUCGGCUUGUGGAUAUUCGCCGUGCUGUACUGCUGUCCCUGGCUGGGCCUAACCGAGGUCAAACACGACACAGCACUGCCAUUCCGGCCCCGCUGCGAACUCCGCCUCCCGAGCUCCUUGUACAUCCCGGUGUUUGGAGCGGAUUUGUUAUUUUUCUAUUUUGUCCCGCUGGGCGUGGCGGUGGUAGUGUACAUGAAGAUCGGUCGGAUUCUGUACAGUAGCCUGAAGAUUGUGCGGCAGAACUGCGGCAGCCGCAAACCCAAGGGCAUGAGUUUGGCCAGUAAGGAGAAGAAUCUCAUGCUGCGCACGGAAGAGUCGCCGGUAGCGGGGAUCUGUAUGGAGAUGGCACCGGAGAAGCAGCUGUACUGGCUGCGCAGAGAUUCAUCCUGCAAGAAACAAAUGGUGUGGACGGCUCAGUGCCGAAUACAGGUACUGCGUAUGCUGAUCGUGGUGGUGGUGCUGUUCGCCGUAUCGUGGCUGCCCUUUCGCGGACUGCUCGUAUAUAACGCCUUCGUCGCCGAGCCCUGGCUGAAUAUCUGGUAUCUGUUGUUCGCCAAAACCCUCAUCUACCUCAAUUGCGCCGUUAAUCCCUUCCUGUACAACAUCAUGAGCCAGCGGUUUCGGAUAGCGGUGAAGCAAGUUCUCAACAUCCGCUCCGAAGAUUCCAAAGCCAAAAAGCCGGGAAAGGUCAUCCAAAUUCAGGUACAACGGAAUUUCUAUCGACAGUAUCCGCUGGAUAAAGCCCCGUCGAUACUUAAUUCACGCAAGUCCAAAUCACCGUCCGAUUCGCUACCGUUGAAAUCCAAAUCAAAAUCCGAUUCCUCAUCACAACGCUUUCAGCCGCUGUGGUACGGUGCCCAGCCCGAUACUCUGUCCCAGGAAGCCAUCGACCAUUUCUCCCGAUCCCGCAAUAAUAAAUGCAGAUCACAUUCAGCGCUGUAGAUAGUAUGUUGCUCUUGCCGCUUGUGAUUAGUAUAGCAAAAUUUUUUUAUGAUAGAGUUGCUUUUUUUGUAUUACCAAUACACAACAGAAAAUGCGCUAUAAUAGUUUCGUAUUGCAGUACAGUAUUUUUAUAAUUAUGACGGUUCCUUGUAACACAGUAAAUCCUUUUAACGAUAACGUUACAAAAACAAAAAUCUCGCGUUACUGAUGGGAAAUUAAAACCUAUG